AUGAAUUCUGGGAACGAUUCCUGGCACUCCUCGGCCGGUGGGCCUCCGUCGCACCCUGGCAUGGAUCAGAUGAAUCAACAGCGGCCCAUGGGGUCGUUUAGUCAAAAUCCCCCUCAGCAAGGCCCGGCGUCGCAACCCUCGGGGCCUGUUCUCCCUCCUCCAUCCGGGCCCUACCACCCCGGUGGUCAAGCCGGUCACUCUCUCCCCGGCCUAGCGGAAUUGAACCAGAGCCACGGGGCUCCCCACCAACCUCCUGCGUACGGACAGCACCCGGCGGGUUCGACUCAUGGCGCCGGCCACUCUCUUCCCGGCAUUGGCCAAGCCAUGUCGCAUGCUUCACCACAGUCUCUGAACCGGGAGCGAGAGCGGGACUCCCGAGAGCGCGAGAUUCUCGAGCGCCAGCGCCAGGAGGAGAUGGCGCACCGCGAACGCGAACAGAUGGAGCGCCAGCAAAUGGAGCGCCAGCAAAUGGAACGCCAGCAAAUGGAACGCCAGCAAAUGGAACGCCAGCAAAUGGAACGCCAGCAAAUGGAACGCCAACGCGAGCACCACCCGGUUCAGAGCCACACGGGCUCGAUCCCCCUCCACCAGCCCGUCGCCUCCAAAGUUCCCAACUCUAUUCACGGCCCGAACGGUCUUUUGUCGAAUCUCGGCACGAACCCGCCCAAUGGCCCGCAGGCUAACGUGCAAGCUUCCGGUGGACCGGGGGCUCUUUUCGGUGGACCUCAGAUGCCGCACGGCGAGGGUACUCCGAGAUCGUAUAUGCAACACCCGACAGGUCCUCCUAUGAUGGGAUAUAAUGGACAGGGGCAGCAGAUCCCCGGGAAUGUUGCGGCCCUGGCUCAGGGCCAACAGCCGAUUCUUAACGAUGCCCUCAGCUAUUUGGAUCAGGUGAAGGUGCGAUUCGUAGACCAGCCCGAUGUGUAUAAUCGGUUCUUGGAUAUAAUGAAGGACUUCAAGAGUCAAGCCAUCGAUACCCCAGGUGUAAUCCAGAGGGUUUCCACAUUGUUCAAUGGCCACCCUGCCCUUAUCCAAGGCUUCAACACCUUCCUGCCUCCAGGCUACCGCAUCGAAUGCGGUACCGAAGACAAUCCAGAUGCGAUCCGUGUGACCACCCCCUCCGGGACAAACACCCUGAGCAUGCCCCGAGCGGGCCGCCCGCUUGAUGCCGCUAAUGAGCUUGGCCCUUCUGGAGGUUUGGGUCCUCAUCCUCGCUCUGAUUACUACGAACAGUCUCGCCCUGGUUGGCAGCAGACUCAGCAGCAACAGCAGCCAGGUCACCAGCAAGGCGCACCGGGUUCAUAUUCUCCCGGCUCGCGCUUGAUAGGUCCUUCUGGCUUGUACCAACAGGAAGGGCAGGCCCCUCCACAAGAUCAUCACUUUGCGUAUCAAAGCCAGGAAGCUCAGGGUGCUUCGGCGCUUUCUCAUCCGCAGGAUCACCGUGGUGUGGCCCAGCUGCAAGGUGCGGCAUCGGCAGCAUCUGGCUUGGGAAGACCGUCUAUGCUCCCAGUUUCUGGAGCCGGCUCGAAUCAGUCUAUGAGCAGUUUGGCCGGUGUCGGUGGUAUGCUCCAGGGUGGACACACGGAUCUGAACAAACGAGGUCCUGUCGAAUUCAACCACGCAAUCAGCUACGUGAACAAGAUUAAGAAUCGUUUCUCGUCUGCACCUGAGAUUUACAAGCAAUUCCUUGAGAUCCUGCAGACUUACCAGCGCGAGUCAAAGCCAAUCCAAGACGUUUACGCUCAGGUCACUCAACUUUUCAACACUGCUCCGGACCUCUUGGAGGACUUUAAGCAAUUCUUGCCUGAAUCUGCAGCCCACGCCAAGCAACAGGCACAAGCACGCAUGGCUGAAGAGGCAGUCCCUACGUCUAACCUCCGUGGGGAGCCCGUGGGCUUACCUUCUUCGACUCCGAACCGCGACGUGAAGAUGCCACCUCUCGGGCAGUUCAACGUCAAGGACUCUGGGAAGGAAAACAAGAAGCGACGAGGUGGCCCUGGCGUUGGUCUCUCGUCUGUCUCUGGCCCCUCUGGCGUUGAUGCGGCUCGCAUGCCCGAGGCUCGAGGCGGUCCUCCUGCAGGCUCUUUCACCAACGGCAACAAGCGGCCUAAGCACUACCAUGGAAAGUCUUCUGGAGCUGACAUUCCCAACGUCUCUCCAACUCUGAUCCCUGCUCUUCCUGAACCGGUGCCGCCAAGUGUCAUGACAACGCCUAGUCAGGAAGAGAUUGCCUUUUUCGACCGUGUCAAGAAGUUCAUUGCCAACAAGCAGAUCUUCAGUGACUUCUUGAAGCUGUGCAAUUUGUACACGAAUGACCUGAUCGAUCGUUUCGUUCUGGUCAAGCGGGCGGAGGGAUUCAUCGGCUCCAACGCCGAGCUCAUGAGCUGGUUCAAGCGGUUCAUGAAUGUGGAAGAGCCUGAGGACAAGACCAUUGACCCGAAGCCUCAGACCGAGGCUGGCGUGGUCAAUCUGGCACACUGCCGGUCCCUGGGACCCAGCUAUCGUCUGCUGCCUAAGCGCGAGCGGCAGAAGCCGUGCAGUGGUCGUGAUCAGCUCUGCCAUGAUGUCCUGAACGAUGAGUGGGCCUCACAUCCGACCUGGGCUUCAGAGGACUCUGGUUUCGUUGCCCACAGAAAGAACCAGUUUGAAGAUGCUCUGCACCGCAUUGAGGAGGAUCGUCAUGACUACGAUCACCACAUUGAGGCCUGCACACGCACUAUCCAGCUCAUUGAGCCGAUCUGCCAGCAAUUCUUGCACAUGUCGGAAGCUGAGCGGGCGAACUUCAAGUUGCCUCCUGGUCUGGGUGGUCAGAGUGAGGCUAUCUACCAGCGGGUAAUCAAGAAGGUCUAUGACCGCCAGCGUGGUGAGAAGAUCAUCCGCGACAUGUUCGACCGUCCUUGUCAGGUUCUCCCUAUCGUCCUCUACCGUCUCAAGCAAAAACUUGAAGAGUGGAAGGCGUGCCAGCGUGAAUGGGACAAGGUCUGGCGCGAGCAGAUGCAGCGUGCCUACUGGCGUAGUCUGGACCACCAGGCCAUUGCCACCCGCUCGACUGAUAAGAAGCUCUUCAUCGCAAAGAACAUUCAGUCAGAUCUGCAGGCCAAGCUGGAGGAGACACAAAGUAGGCGCAAGAGCGGCCUGAAGCCACCCAAGUACCAGAUGGAGAUGAAGUUCAAGGAUCUGGACGUCUUGCUGGAUACCGCCCAUCUGCUCUGCCUGUUCAUUGAUCGGAGUACCUCUGGCUUUGGUGCGGACCCGGCUCGUCUGAUCAGCUUUGUCAAGGACUUUAUUCCGAUCUUCUUUGGACUAGACCGCGAGGCCUUCCACGAGUACAUGGACGAGUUGAUGCUCAGCGCGACUCCUGCUGAGGAGUUGGAAGAUCACUUUGGUGCUGACGAUACCUCGAUGGCUAGCCGUAAGGCUCCCAACACGCAGAAGCUGGAUCUCUUGCGUGAGACUCUUGAACAGAAGCUAGGGAAGAGCAAUGGUCUAGUUCAGGAGGAUGGCGUCGCUCCUAAUGCUGCUGCUGUACCUGCACCCGCGCCUGUGACUACCCAGCUCGCUACUCCUGACGUGCGGGCUACUUCUACGGCCAUCUCCGAGCCGGAGGACAACUUUGAUGUUGCUGAGCUGAAGUGGAUGGAGCACCCUGGCCAGGGCAACUUCAAUCUCGAGCGCGAGUACACGCUGAACGAGAAGUACAAGAAGACCGAGCACCAGAUGUACUGCAACUUGAAUCUAUUGUGCCUUCUCCGUACCUUUGAGAUUAUGUACUCUCGGCUGCUGCGCAUCAAGGAGCAGGAAGAAGGGGCUCACGAGCAGGUCCGCCGUGGCCUUCUGCCAAAACCUGCUCAUGAGUUGUGCUUGAUUGACCGCUUCCCUGGUGACUUCUUCUACGAUGUUGAUCCCAAGGCCAACCUGUACAAGCAGAUUGUGCGCAUGUGCGAGGAAGUUAUUCGCGGGGAUAUCGACACGGUCCACCUGGAAGAGACCCUGCGUCGCUUCUACAUGCAGGGUGGAUACCUGCUGUACAACUUGGAGCGCAUCCUCUCGUCGAUUAGCAAGUUUGUGGCGUCCAUUUUCACUGGUGAUGCGAAGGAUCGCAGCUCAGAUAUCGCGAACUUGUUCUUCAAGGAGCGCGAGAAGAAUGAGACUACUCAUCACCAGGAGAUGCAGUACCGCAAGCAGGUGGAGAGGAUGAUCAAGGAGGGCGAUAUGUAUCGUGUUACCUACUUCCCAUCCGACCGCCACGUCACCGUUCAGGUUAUGACCACCGAAGACGCCACCCUGGACAGCGACGAACUCAGCUCCGAGGCCCGCUGGUCCUACUACGUGACAGCCUACUCCAUGCGCGACCCCACCGAAGGCGUCCCCUACUCCGACAUGCGCAUGCCCUUCCUCAAGCGUAACCUUCCCAGCAAACUGGACGAGGACGAAGAGUACGACCGAUUCUACCGUCGCCUGCAGCACUUCGAUGGUCUGAUCAUUCGCAUCUGCGCCAACAACUACACCAUCCUCUACCAACCCCCCAGCCACGAUUGGUUCUGGCGCUCGACCGCGCCCGUCCACGACAAGGACGCAGACGCCGAGGCCAUCAAGGCCAAGGAAGAGGAGCAGAGCAAGGAGAAAGCUGCUUCGCGUGAAAAGCGCCAUGAUCGCUUCAUCGAGAAGUUUGUUAAUAACCCCAACUGGGCGCGCGGUCUGAGCAAGGAUAAAGUCGAUGAGUCGAAUCAGCGGUUCCGCUCUUGGUUGAAUGGGACUCUUGAAACAGAGGAUUCUGCGCCUGCCGAGGCACCGGAGUCCGCUGCCACUGCUGCUCCCACUACCGAUACCCAUGAGGAUGUCCAGCAGACCACCGAGCAGGCUGAUACCGAUAUGGCGGACGCCGAGCCCGAGACCGCGGCUGCGGCUGUUGAGGCGUAA